AAUAUCACAAGCGAAAUGGAUAAUCGUCGCGUGUUGCUGAAGCUUUCGUUCUUGGCUGUUCUGGUGGUACUUUUUGUUUUUGUGCAGGAAACAAGUGCCGGCAGUCAACAGAAGAAGAAGAAGAUUGUGAUCCAUGUGCCAGUUCAUAAAAAGAUCGAGAAACAUGUGCAUACGAUUAUAAAGCAUGUGCAUCAUCAUCACAAGCCGAUUGUCCUAAAGGAGGAGAAGAAAAUUAUCCACGAAGAGCAUCGUCCGAUACAAAUCCAUCAGACCAAAGAGCAUAUACAUCAUCACGAGAAGCAUGAUCAUGCCCAUCACGAUCAUCACCAGCAUCACGAACACCAUCAUCCCAUCGAACAGUUGCCCAUCGAGCAGGAAGAGGAGGAGCAUAUCCAUCAUCAUCACAACUAUGAACACAAGGAUGGCUUCAUUGGCAGCGAAACGGAUGCCAGCAGCAGCAGCAGCAGCAGCAGCAUCGGCAGCAGCGAGGAGCGCUGACUAAACUAAAGAGAGACAAAAACAAAACCAAAACGUGGCUCGGCGAAAUUCUGUGGGUGAUUUUUACUUUGUGAUGUAAUACGUAGAUAU